AGAGCGGUCGAGGUGCCGCGAAGAGCUGCGCUCCGUGUGCAGCCGCGUUCUCCCCGUGUUCGCAAUACCUGGUCACCUGGCGCAGCUCGGCUAUUUGAGGAGCUCCACAGCGGAGCGGAAUCCUCACAGGGACUGAGGGAGCAGCAUCACGUUGGCAAGGGGUCAACGGUCAAUUUGACGAAAAAGGCUCUUUUCUCGUCAGGCGGCAAUUUGUGAGCGAAGCGCUCCGGGUUGCGCAGUGCGGAUGUGUUGCUGCGUCGGGCAAGCGGACGAACGCGGACGAACACGGAGGAGCAGGAGCUACAAAAACUUGAAUCCGUCGUCUGCUGUUGAAUAUGGGAGAACCUGAACUGAUUUGUUAUAAAAGCAAAACAAGACCACCGAGUUACCUGCAAGGACAAGCCCUACUCCUCCAGAUCCCUGUCUCUUGCAGGCUCCUCUCCUCAAUCUGUCUGUGACUGGGCUUGUGCAGGACAUGGGCCGCUCCCCAGUAACCUUAUCCAGGUUGCGACUGGGCAGGCUGAAGGUGGUGCGGCGGCGGCUGCUGCAGCGCUAUGAGCACCAGCCCCUGGUCUCCUGCUUGGCAGGGCUUUACGGAUGUCAAUGGCGCCGCUACCAACGCUCCCGUGUUCCUCCAGGUGGCAGUUGUUGUAGCAAGCUGGAGUGCGCCAGCCUGGGGAUCUUGAUUGUGACCUUUGCCCUGACUCUUGUGCUCCUCUACUUAUGGAGUGAGGCUCAGAACGACUAUAAUGAUUUUGACUGGUUUAACUUUGUGAACCUGGGCUUCUGGUUCCCUUGGUCCAUGGUACUGCUGGUCAUCGCUGCUGUGCUCUUCACCUAUGUUUCCAUGCUGCUGGUGCUAGCUGUAUGCCUGCUUUCUGAGGGCCAGCGGUUAUACCUACACUGGGGACACAAGAUUGGGAUCCUGGUGACGCUGACAUUCUCUAUUGUGGCCACAGCUGUCCUAUCAGACCUGUGGAGUGGAGAGUGGAGAACUCUUCUUCUCUCUUUCCAGGUCACAGCACCCUACCUUCACGUGGGUGGGGUUUUAAUGAUGACAGCCUUGUCUUGGCCAGUAGCACUACACUUUUUCUGUAUCAGUAUCAAAAUGUGGCGUGCAGCUGUCCUGGGGCUGUUCCUGGCACUUCUCCUUGCCUUGUACCUCGUACCACUGGGGAUGUACUCACCCUGCAUCAAGGAUGAGGGGACCCUAGGCCCUGCCCCUGCUCUCAUCGGACACAGGGGGGCUCCCAUGUUGGCACCGGAGAACACAGAGAUGUCUUUUGAGAAGGCAGUGGAGGCGGGGGCCCAGGGCUUGGAGACAGAUGUUACUCUCAGCUAUGAUGGCGUGCCAUUCCUCAUGCAUGACAGGACUUUACAAAGGACCACCAACGUGCAGGAGGUGUUCCCAAACCGAACAAAAGAGCCAGCUGCCAUGUUCAGCUGGAGUGAGCUGGAGCAACUCAAUGCAGGGGCCUGGUUCCUCUCGAGGGACCCAUUCGGUAGUGCCUCUUCAUUGAACAAAGCUGAUCAGGCUCGUUCCCGGAACCAGUCCGUGUACACCCUCAGGGGAUUCUUGGACCUGGCUGCCCGGCACGAUCGGCUGGUGAUCUUUGACUUGUACCGUCCACCUAUCGGUCACCCUUACAGGGAUACCUGGAUCACACGCACACUGGAGGUCGUUCAAAAUGAAUCUUCCAUCCGCUCCAGCCAGGUGAUGUGGCUGGCUCCAGAGAUGAGGUAUCUGGUACAGGAGCUGGACCCUGAGCUCCAGCAAACCUCAGGGCAAAUGGCUCCUAUAGAGGAAUUGCAGGAAGAGGGCAUUGUAAAGCUCAACCUACACUACAGCACCAUGUCUCAGAAGCUAAUCAGCAUGUAUGCAGCAGUGAACAUCAGCACCAAUCUUUACGUAGUAAGCCAGCCCUGGCUCUACUCGUUGGCCUGGUGUGCUGGGGUCCAGUCCAUCACUACCAAUGCCCCCCAGAUACUCAUAAACCUGUCCUUCCCACUCUUCAUCAUGACUCCGGAGCAGUACAGGUUGAUGUGGGUGCUUACAGACAUUGUGUCAGCAGUCCUUGUGAUCCUCACCUUCUCCUUCCACUGGUGGAGGGAGCGUGGUCUGGCUUUUUGUGCAAGCAGCAGGCCAACUCAGGACAACAGGCUCUACAGCAAGUUUCGGACAGAGAUGAGUGACGUGUGGUCCAUUUCUAGCGUCCAUGGUCCAAUUGGAGGACGGAGUCCUCCACUCACACCAAACCUGUCUGUCAUCUCAGAGCUUCAGGAGCCUUCCCCUUGAGGGAUGGAGAAACUAAAAAGAAAAAAACAAUCCUCAAAGGGCCUCUAAACUGGUGGUUCACGCGUCAGCUUUUAUUACAGACUUGUGAUGAUGGACUGAAAUGUUAUUUUAAUCUGUGAUGUGUAGGAUACACGUGUCUUCACAGAAGAUGGGGUGAACAAAAGCAAAGACAAAAAAAAUUCUGAAAUUUUGCUGUGUGAAUGUAAGUACAUUGACCUCUUGAAGUCCAUUAUGGUGUAUUAAGAAGCCAUUUGAUAUCAGUAAUUUUUUACUGCAUUUUGCUAGCUUACUAGUAUCCCCUAAUUAAGUCUGGCAGUAUGUUUAUUUGAGACUGUGUUUUAUAUACCUAUAGUCUUCUGCUAAUUUAUCACCCCCAUCCCAACCUUAAUCAAUGCAAGAUUGACUUUGUCUGAUUUAUUUUAUGGGAUCAUAAUGUAUCUAUAAUAUUUAUUGAUUCACUUUGAGAGGGGAAAAGAGUGGGUUUUUUUUUUUUUUUUUUUUUUUUGGUGUUCUCAGGCAUAGACCUUAGAUAAAUGAAUGCCUACACAAAGACUAUUCAAGAAAUCGUUGUAUUAAUGAGUUUUGUACUGCACAGCAAACUGACAUGUCAUUACCUCUGGACUCCACCUACAAUCAUACUGCUCUGCAAAAUGACUGCUGAAAUGAGCUGCAGAAAAUGCUGUAUUGCACAUAAUAUAUUCUUUGUAAUGCAAAGCUGUGCCAUUGUUUAGAUACAUGUUUACAUCAACUAAUAUCAUGUCUCUAUCUCUGUCUUAUGUCUUGUCUCUAGUAUCAUCAAACUGUAAGUCAGCUAAGAACACAGUUCAAGGUUAAACAUCUUUGUUCCUUCAUAUUGUACAAUAAAAAUGUGCAGUUUUAAAAUAUAACAAAAGUCCUUCUGGUAAGGAAAUGGAAAAGCAGUUUUUAUUUAAAAAAAAAAAAAAAAACUUUAUAUUAGCUGAAGUAGAAUUCAGUUAGGAAAUGUAGUCUCAUUUCAUUGGUUUUUGCCUUAUAGUAUCAUAGCCAUCCAGAACUUUACAACUCCAGUUCAGGAAGUUGUGAAGAUAAGUUAGCUUUUGCUAAUGUUAAAUAUUAUACAACAGCAGUUGACAGUGUUUGUAUGGUAAUUUAUGUCCUAGAGAGGCAUGAAAUGGCACUUUUGGGGAAAAAAAAAAAAAAUCACAUCACAAUGAAAAUACAAUAAAAUAAGGUGCUCCCUCAUAUCACUAUAUUAUCAAGUUCCUCCCAUGAGUACUAAAAUCAAGAUUAAUACAUAUUAUAAAUUAGUGGUUGUGAAAUUGUAAAUAAGCUUUUUUGUGUUUUCAUAAGUUUUUCUGGAAG